AUCCUCGCUUAUCGUCUAAUCGUUGGCAGCCGAGCGACAAGGAGAUUAGGAUAACAGAUCUGCCUAGUCUUUUUUCUCUUUUUGUCUUUUAUCCUUCUCUUCUUUUUCUUCUGCGCACUGCUGCUCUUUCCUCCCAUCGGCUCCCUGCACCAGCCUUGCCUGCCACGGACCGACUCGGCGCUGUUUGUCGAGCAAAACACCAACAAUGCCGACCCCGUCUUCCAAUCCGCCUCCUGGACAAUCUUCUCCGCCUCCCUACAACUUCCCGACAUGUCCUGAGGAUCAGCCACACUCCUCUCGAUCCUCCCGACCGGCCCAAGACGCCACGCGACCGACCUCAGACGUGGAAACCAGCCAGAGCUCGUCGACAAGCGUUGCCUCUCCUACAGCGUAUUCAUCGGAACCAUCUCGCGACGGCCCCGCACCAGAAGACUCGGUGUUAAUAGACGGCCAGGCGUCUACUGGGGCAUCGCCCAUGGAUACUACCUCUCCCCGACCGCCAUCUAGCGGGACGGUUGCCACAUCUCCCAUGUCGAGUGGACGUGACGAUGACCUCAAGCACCAAGCAGCCGACGCAAGCGAUCGCCUAAGCCGGGAAUCAUCGACCUUGUCUGCACAUUUGCAAGUCGAGAACCCGGCUUCCUUUCGACGUGAGCCCGACUCAUUGGAAUGGCUCGAGGAGGAGGAUGAAUUCGACUCGCCACCCAUGCCAUCCGACUGCACAAAUCUCCGAAAAAUCCCCAUCUCACCAUCAUCGUUCCUCCGACCCGGAAGCAGAUUCCGCGGCACACAGCAAUCCGAGAGACAGGUCUACGAGGUCCAAGUCGAGAUCAAACAUGUUGACCUGCGCGAAUCUUUUCUCUGUGGCUACUUGCGUAUCCAAGGUUUGACCGAGGACCACCCAACACUCACCACGUACUUUGAGGGAGAAAUCAUUGGUACCAAGUAUAACUUCUUCACCAAGCACGAUGACUGGGGCGCCAAUUCCAAGGUCGACCUCAGCCACUGGUCCAAGUUUAGCGCCUUCCGGCCGUAUUCAAAGAUUGCUCGCAAAGGUCCUGUGACCAUCACUGACCUUGAACAAAGAGACCACAUCUUUAUGCGGUGGAAAGAGCACUUCUUGGUUCCGGACCACCGAGUCCGAACGAUCACCGGGGCCUCCUUCGAAGGCUUCUACUACAUCUGUUUCAACCAAGUCAAGGGAGAAAUCAGCGGAAUCUAUUUUCACUCCAAGAGCGAAAAGUUCCAACAACUGGAGCUGAAGCAUGUCCCUGAUCGGGGAUGCUUCAGUGCUAUGGAGUUUCGGUAAUGCCAAGCGAGGAUAUUCAUACUGUUGAUUAAUAGCGGAAGUGAUUUAUGGGAUUCAUCAAUAGGGAAGUCUUUCUUUUUUUGUCUUUGCUUUUACUACGACAUAUUGUAUUUUGGGAGGAUUCGAUUAUGGAAGCGGUGUUCUACGGGAUACAUAGCAUGCGUGCAAGGAGCCUGGCUUUUUAGUAUAGGUAUGUCGGGAUGCACUGCACGGGUUUCAACUGAAUAUUUGGCUGUC